AUGAAAGCCCUCAUCUUUGCUGCUGGAGUAAUACUUCUGUCGCCCACUUUUUGUCAAAGCGGCAUGGAAAAUGAUGUACGCACCUUGGCAGAACCAACCUUACCUAUUAAGACCUUCCGUGGGGACCCCUUCAGUUCUUUUGAAGACUUCCCCCUUUCUGCCAUAGAAGGCUGGACAGAAACUACCACAACUGUAAAAAUUAAGUGCCCUGAAGAAAGUGUUUCAAAUCUUCACGUGAAUAAUUCUACCAUGGGUUACCUGAGCAGCUCCUUAAGUACCAAACUGAUACCUGCCAUCUACAUCCUGGUGUUUGCAGUAGGUAUGCCAGCCAAUGCGGUGACCCUGUGGAUGCUCUUCUUCAGGACUAGAUCUAUCUGUAUGACCAUCUUCUACACCAGCCUGGCCAUUGCAGACUUUCUUUUCUGUGUCACGCUGCCCUUUAAGAUAGCUUACCACCUCAAUGGGAACAACUGGGUAUUUGGAGAGGUCAUGUGCCGGGCCACCACACUCGUCUUCUAUGGCAACAUGUACUGCUCCAUUCUGCUCCUCGCCUGCAUUAGUAUCAGCCGCUACCUAGCCAUCGUUCAUCCUUUUACUUACCGAGCGCUGCCCAAGCGCACCUAUGCCUUCAUAACAUGUGGAUUGGUGUGGGCAGUGGUUUUCUUAUACAUGCUACCAUUUCUCAUCCUGGAGCAGGAGUAUUAUCUUGUCCAGCAGGACAUCACCACCUGCCAUGAUGUCCACAACACAUGCGAGUCCUCGUCUCCCUUCCAGCUCUACUACUUCAUCUCCUUGGCAUUCUUUGGAUUCUUAAUUCCCUUUGUGGUCAUUAUCUACUGCUACACAGCCAUCAUUCGGAGGCUUAAUACGUAUGAUGACAGAUGGUUGUGCUAUGUUAAGGCGAGUCUCCUCAUUGUUGUGAUUUUUACCAUUUGCUUUGCUCCAAGCAAUAUUAUACUUAUUAUUCACCAUGCCAACUACUACUACAACAACACUGAUGGCUUAUAUUUUAUCUAUCUCAUAGCUUUGUGCCUUGGGAGCCUAAAUAGUUGCCUAGAUCCACUCCUUUAUUUUCUCAUGUCAAAAAUCAUAGAUCACUCCACUGUUUACCUUACGACGGUGAAAUCAUCUUAG